GUUGCCCUACUCCAUUUGUUCCCGCCACGGGUUAGCCAUUGCUGCACACACGCUCUUUCUCACCCGGCUGCUUAUGGCCGCCACCUUCCCCAUAUGCUAUCCACUCAGCCGUUUGCUGGAUUGGGCUUUGCAUCAAGAGCUGAGCACCUUCUCCACAAGGGAGCGCCUGCUGGAGACCCUGAGGGCUGCUGACCCCCAUGGUGAUCUUGUGAGUGAGGAGCUAGCCAUGGUCCAGGGUGCGUUGGAAUUACGCACCAAGGUAGUUGAGGACAUCUUGACUCCUCUGAAUGAUUGCUUUAUGUUGCACUCUCAUGCCAUACUUGACUUCACUACCAUUUCUGAGAUUCUUCGCUCAGGCUAUACCCGCAUCCCUGUGUAUGAAGGUGAACGACGAGACAACAUUGUCGACUUGCUGUUUGUCAAGGAUUUGGCUUUCGUGGAUCCUGAUGACUGCACACCACUGCAGACAGUUACUCGCUUCUAUCACCGCCCGCUGCACUGUGUUUUCCAUGACACCCGCCUAGAUACGCUGCUCGAGGAGUUCAAGAAGGGUAAAUCACACCUUGCAAUCGUACAGAGAGUAAAUGAUGAAGGAGAAGGAGACCCUUUCUAUGAGGUGUUGGGAAUUGUCACCCUGGAGGAUGUGAUUGAAGAGAUAAUCAAAUCGGAGAUUCUGGAUGAGACGGAUCUCUAUACAGACAAUCAAAAAAAGGAAAGGGUCCCCCAUCGGGGGAGGAAACCUCAUGAUUUCUCCAUCUUUAGGCUUUCAGAUAGUGAGAUGAGAGUAAAGAUCACGCCACAGCUGCUACUGGCCACUCAUCGCUUCAUGGCUACAGAGGUAGAGCCUUUCAAGAUGCCACAUCUCUCAGAGAAGAUCCUGCUGCGGCUUCUCAAACAUCCCAAUGUCAUCCAGGAGAUUAAAUUUGAUCACAAAAACAAGCGAGCACCUGAACACUAUCUUUACCAGCGUAACCGGCCAGUUGACUAUUUUGUACUCAUUUUACAGGGAAAAGUGGAAGUAGAAGUGGGAAAAGAAGGAUUGCGAUUUGAAAAUGGUGCUUUCACAUAUUAUGGUGUUCCAGCAAUCAUGACUGUCAUCUGUUCAGAUAAUGAUGGGCGUAAAAUGAGCAGCCUGGCUGGAUCAUCUUUCCUGUUGCCCGUGUCUGUGUCUCGUACCUUUGCCUUCAGCCGAGGGGAAUCUUUGGCUGGGUCCCCAGUGAAUCAAUCCCCAUCCCGUUGCAGUGGAUUAAACCGCUCUGAGUCUCCAAUUCGUAAUGACUAUGGAGGCAGCAGCACCCAACUUCAUAGUGGCAGCAACAACAACAUAUACACUCCAGAUUACUCUGUUCAUAUUCUGUGUGAUGUACAGUUUGUCAAGAUUACUCGGCAACAGUAUCAGAACGCACUGGCUGCCAGCCGCAUGGAUACCUCUCCCCAGACUCCUGACAUGGAUGUUUUUAAUGAUGGUGAUUCCACAAAGGCUCCCACAGUUAGAGGCACCCCACAGACACCCAAGGAUGAUCCUGCUAUCCUCUUGAAUGAGAGAAGUAGCAUUGUGGGUGCUGCUGAGGUCUCUUUAUAUCAUGCAGCCAGCAAGUCAGAGGGGAAUAUAAAGAGCCCUACAGACUCUUUGUUCCUGCACGUGGAGGGGAUCCCCCACCACCAGGAGGAGUUGACAGGCCACCCAGAAAUCAGCAUGCAGAAAAAUGAAGAUUAUAUUGUCAGGCUGGAACCUGAGUCCUCAAGCAGGGAAAUGGAGUUUAGCACAUCUCCAGGUGCUCCUCAGGAACCCCUAGGAAAGAAGCUACUUUGGACACUUAGUGGGAGGAAAAAACCUUCGGCAGACAGUGAGAAAAGUUCAGAUGAUAAUACUAACUUCACAUCGCUUAUCACAUGAGUAGCAACAUGGCUCUGCCUUUCUCACAGGUCUGCAGCAUGACAGCGACUGUGACCAGAUUCAUGUGUAUGUGACAGCACCUGCUUCUCCAACAUUAACCACCCCUUACCUUUAGGGUUAAAGAGACCACAGCCAUUUAAGCUUCAGAAGUGGCGUCAGCAAAUAUGAGCUGAGAAAGUCUCCAGAAAAAGUGGAAAUGAAAACAGUAUAUCGGUGGAGUAUAAAGAUUCCUUUAGGUAGUUUAGCAGGGCAGUGUCCUCACCAUCUCAAGAGUUACUAUCACUGGGAAAAAUAUAAAGGAGGAAGGCACACAGGCCUUCUUUCCUGCUAGACAUGCCACUCCAUUAGUGUAGUCCAGGAGAAGAUAUGAGUGCAGGUAUAUGCAACAACAUUGCACCAUAUACUCAAGAGUUCAUCUGUAUCUGUGCAUUAUCCAAACCAGCCCUAGACAUAUUGAUACUGGUAAACAGCACCAGCAGGAUUUAGGUUGAUGUUAUGAAGUGCAGAUCAUGGUACAAAUCACCUUGUCAUUUGUAACCCGUGAAUAAAUGGGCUUUUGACCCUGAUAUUCUGAUUUCAAAUUAAUUGACAAAAAAGAACAGUUAAUAUCAGAUCUCUGGGAGAAAUAAUAUGCACUUGUUUUAAAUUUAGUUCCUUUGAUGUAUAGCUUAGACACGUACAGGAGAGAUGGAGAGAGGGAAAGAUAAAGAAAAAAUGUUUUAGUAGAGGUGCCCCCAAAAUGUGACCUUUAUGCAUCUUCAUCAGGAUCAAAAUUGAAAUCAUUGAAUGCUUAAACAUGGUUUUGAAGUCAAUUUUUCCAGCUGUUUAGCUGGUAAAGAUCCAAAAGUGGCACUACUAACAUUUCAUGGACAGACACAUCUAACAGUGGCAGGUCCACAGAGGUAUUUCUGAAGAGUCACUUACUGCAGUUUUCUUGUUCUUCAAGUAAGGGAGAGGCAGUAUUGUGAAGUAAAAAAGAAAAGUUUUAUUCUGUGUCUAUGGGAUACCAUUGUUUCUGUUUAUUUUUUUAAAGAGUUUUCUGCUUUCCUAUAAUUUAAACUUGCUGAAUUAAAAAUAAAUUAUAUCAAAAUAAGUUCAUGUAGGAUUGUAGCACUAAGGUUGUUUUCUUUAAUAAUGUGAUUUUUCAUUAUCUGAUGUCUCCUUAUUUGCCACUUUCCAGUGAAGCAGUGCAACGUAGCUCUAACAAUAAUAUAAUUUCUCAUUCUGCAUAAUUUAAAAUUGGAUGCUGGCGAGAAUCUGGACAAUGUAAAGGGAA